AUGAGCAACAAUUGGGCAAGAAGCAAGCCUCUUCUGGGUGUUGCAAGUGUCGUAUCGGCUGGUCUGGCUGUGGUUACCUCUUUCGGAUUCAUGUCAAUUGUCGGUGUACCAAAUAGUAUUUGGAACAUCACCAUUCCAUUUUUAGUACUCGUGACAGAGAUCGAUGAUGCCUUCGUAUUGUUGGCGUGUUGGAGAAUAUCAAACCCCAAGCAUAAAGUACACAAACGCAUGGAAGAAACAUUCGGGUGCAUGGCAUUAUCAGGAUACAAAGAAGAGAAACAACAACAACAAGCACUUCGUGUUAAUUUCGAAGCUAUUGAACAUUCUUCUACAGAAGAUGAAGUGUCUAUUGAUGAGCCAACAAUGGUAUGCUUUAGGGACAAGUUGGGAAAAAUUUUAUCUAUGAAGGUAAUGAAGAUAACAGUUAUCAUCGUUUACUUUCUAAAUUUAUCAUUUGGAAUAUGGGGAGCCUUAACUAUAAAACACGGUGUAGACUUUACUAAGUUAUAUCCACAAGAAUCAAUAAUAACACAGGGUAUUAGAAUACAUUAUAACAGUUUCGGCCGUUAUACGUUUCCUUAUCAAAUAAUCAUUAACAGCACACUUGAUUAUUCAGAUUUAAAUGUACAGAAAUUAGUGGAUGAACUACUCAAGAAAUUCGAAAGUCUUCCAUACUUUGCAGAUUCCCGAUUAACAGUAUCUUGGUUAAAAUAUUACAAAGAAUUCCAAAAUCACCCGCUAGCAAAAUAUUCAUUACGAGGAUAUAACAUGUCGGUUAAACAAGAUUUCUUGGAUGGACUUUGCAAUGUUUUCCUGAAAUUUAAAUCAGCGGAACAAUUCUCCAACGAUAUCACAUUUAAUUCUGAUGUAUCCGAUAUUUUAACUAGCAGAUUUCACAUCUUUGUAAAUUAUACGUUAAGUCAAGCAGCUGAAAUGGAAGUGUUAAAAACUCUGUGGAAAAUUGCUGACGAAAUUGAUUUUCCUGUUCUUGUUUAUGCAGCAGUCGCACCUCUGUACGAACAAGGAAUUAUAAUUGGACGUACAAUUACCGAUUUAUUUUGGAUCACUUCACUUUUGGUUAUGAUUCUUUUCGUAGUUAUCAUACCAAACAUUGUCGUUGCUGUUCUCGUUGCAAUAUCGGUAACAUCUACCAUUUUAGAAACUUUAGGAUACAUGUCUCUGUGGGGUAUAAACAUGGACAUUUUAUCUAUGAUGAGUCUGAUAUUAUGUGUCGGAUUCUGCGUAAAUUACCCGGCUCACAUAUCUUACGCCUAUAUUUGUUCGUUGUAUCAAAACCCCAAUGAAAAAAUGAAAGACAGUCUGUAUCGUAUCGGCUAUCCAAUAUGUCAAGGAUCUCUGUCAACCAUUUUAGGAAUUUUAUUUGUAUACAGAGAUAUGUACGCUUUUAUUAUAUUUGUGAAAAUUGUAUUUCUUAUCGCAUUGGAAACUGCAUUUCAUGCAUUGAUAUUCAUUCCUGUGGUUCUUUCUUUGAUUUUCUCAAUCUUUCCUAAAGCUAAUAACAUAAUAUAA